AUGCUUCGCAGCGAGCCUGCGUUUCGCGCGCCGCUGCCCGCGACCGCAGCGCAUCCCGCCGCGGCCGCACGCGCCACCAUGGGCGACUGGGGCCUCGAGGACAAGUUCCUGCGGAAGAACAUCCCCGGGCGCUACGAGCACUGGGACAAGGACAGCGACGAGGAGGGCGGCGGCCGCGCGGACUCGCUCGGCGGCUCCGAGGACGAGGAGAGCGAGGACGACGACCCCAUCCCGGACCUGCCCGGCCCCAUGGACGACCCCGAGCCCCUGCGCUACGGCGAGGCGCCCGACGCGCGGAAGAUGCCCGGCAACAAGGGCAUCCUCGCGCAGCACCGCUACUUCAAGAAGAUGCAGUACGCCGAGCGCGUGGAACUCGCGGAGGAGCGCGAGCGGAAGCUCCUCGACGUCGCCCGGGGCAGGCUGCGGGACCCGGACGCGCCGCCGCCGCCGCCCGUGCAGCUCACGGAGCGGCAGCGCGAGGCCAUGGCCGAGCUCCGGGAGGCCGGCGGCGGCGGCGGCGACGACGACGACGACGACAGCGACGACGACGACGACGAGUUCCUCGAGGAGUACCGGAAGAUGCGCAUCGCCGCCCUGCGGUCCGUCCAGGGCAUGCCCACCUUCGGCGCCUUCAAGGUCAACUGCAGCAAGGAGGAGUACCUCCAGGCGCUCGACGUCGACGCCAGGACGCUCGUCGUCGUGCAUCUGUACGAGCCGACGUUCCCCAAGUGCCGCCGCGUGAACCAGUGCCUCGACGUCCUCGCCGGCCGCCGCCGCGAGAUCUCCUUCGUCGGCAUGCGCCUCAGCGAGGCCGGCGACGCCUGCGCGGGCUGGGACAGCGAGGUCUUCCCCGUCCUCGUCGUCUACCGCGCGGGCUCCGUCGUCGAGACCUUCUUCCAGGUCGGCAAGGACAUCGGCGCGACCUUCGACUACGCGGACAUCGAGUCCCUGCUCGACACGUGCCCGGCCUUCCACGAGACGCCGGGGGGCGUCAAGCCCGCGACGAAGGCGCAGAUGUUCACGAUCGCCGCGGACGCGCCCGUGUCCCUCUUCCACGAGGGCUCCUACGACGACGCCAAGUUCCAGAAGGUGAAGAAGUAA